AUGACAAAAAUCACUAAUAUUAAAAAUGAUAUUCCUAUUUAUGUGGAACAAAAAUUCAUUCAAACUGAUUUAACUGCUACCGAUAUUUUAAAAACCAACACUCCUAUCCCGCCUAGUUUUGUUAAGUUAGAAUCUCCGCCCCAAAAUUAUAUGUGUUCGACCCACGAAUUAGAUUUAACUGCCGGAGAAAAUAUUUCUUAUCCGGUUUAUCUUUCUCCUACUGUAUUGGAAAGAAAAACCAUUUAUGGAGGAACAACUAUCACUGCCCAAGAAAUCUUUAUCCAAAGACCUUUUAAUAAAAAUCAAAGCACUCAAACUGAAUCAAAUCCGGCUCAACUUAAUAAAGUUAAAUUUUUACUCAGCAAAGCCCAAACUUUACGCACUGAAAAGAAAAAUCUAUCCCACCAAAUCACUAAAUUAGCCCAAGAAGAUAAUUUAAACCAACAAACUAUUCUUAAUUUACAAAGUGAAAUCGCUGAAUUAGAACAAAAAUUAACCCAUUUAAAAAAUGAACUGAUAAAGGAAAAACAAACUAAAACCCAAUUCCAAAAAGAUUAUCAAACUAAAAUCAAUAAUUUGCAAGUUGAAAUAACUGAUUUAAAUAAUACUUUACAAACCACUCAGCAAGAAAGAGAUAACCUUCAACACAGUUUAAAAAAAAGUCUAUUAGGUUCUUUAUUCAAAAACAAACAAAAAAGGCAAAGAAUCAAUCAAUUAAAUGACAGUCUAAAAUUUUUAAGAAACUUAUUAACUGCCAAAAAUCAGCAGACGGUUGAUUUAAUGGCUGAACGAAAUAAUUAUCAAAUCCAAAUAACUGAUUUAAAUAGACAACUAAAUGAGACAAAUAAUCUAAUUGCUGCUAAGGAUAAUAAAAUAAACGGACUUGAAAACAAUGUAAGAGAACGAGAUAACCGCCUUAAUGCCACGCUAGCACAAUGA